UGGCGGAGUACGCAUGCGCUCUAUGUGCGACUUUGGUUGGUGGGUGGACGGGGCUUUUAAGUUGCCUUGGUGACGUUGACUGAGCGGAAGUGAUGUGUGCGGAUGGUGUGUUAGUAGCACGCACGGGUUGGAGACAGAAGUGUGACAGAAGUCUGUUACCACCAUCCACCAUGUUUGUGCUAGUUGAAAUGGUGGACACUGUACGGACAACUCCAUGGCACUUUGAACGUAAGCUGAAUGACUCCAUCGCGGAAGAACUAAACAAGAAAUUGGCAAAUAAGGUUGUCUAUAAUGUGGGUCUCUGCAUCUGUCUCUUUGACAUAACCAAGCUGGAAGACUCCUAUAUUUUCCCUGGUGAUGGAGCUUCUCACACAAAAGUUCAUUUCCGAUAUGUUGUAUUCCAUCCUUUUCUUGAUGAAAUCAUGAUGGGAAAGAUCAAAGGCUGCAGCCCUGAAGGUGUACAUGUGUCUCUGGGAUUUUUUGAUGAUAUCAUUAUUCCUCCAGAGUCCUUGCAGCAGCCAGCUAAAUUUGAAUAUAAAGAGGAAGGAGCUGGGUGGGGAAGGGGUGAAACCAUCGUCAGACCGUCGCAUCAGAAGAUAACAGAAAACCUGGUGGUCUUACCCAAGAAGAGAACCAAAGGAGACAAAUAUCCAAUGGGUAGCCCUACACCUCCAGAGUUUCGGAGUCUUGGGGACCGCAAACUGGAAUACUAG